UUGUAUAAAAUAUUAUUGAAUUGAUAAUAAAAUAUUGAUUUUUAUGAUAAAGGCUUAGGUAGUUUAAUUAAAAAAAAUGUUAAAUAUGAUCAUUUUACGCAAACAUGCGUGAUUAUUACUGAUAAUCUUACAACAACACGUGAUUUUUAAUGAAAAACAUUGCUGAUAUAUUCUUAUUUUUUGAAUAAUGUCUCUAAAACUGCACAGUGAAAACAAGCCAUUGCGAAGGGAUCCAACAUCAUUCCUACCUGAGGAGGAGAUGUCAUAUGAAUUCAAAAAGAAGAAAAAGAAGAAAAAAAAGAUCCAGGAAGAUCCAUUCAAAGAUUUGGAAAUAGAACGCAAACAUUUUCCAGAGGUGCCAACAUUCGCUUUAGACCCAGAAGUAAAUAUUAAAGUAGAGAAUAUUGAGGUGGAAUUGAACUUCGAUGAGUAUGCCGAUGAUGCUGGUAACACUGAGCCGUUACAAAACGAUAUCAUGGACAUGGAACCAAUUGUUAAACUCGAAGAACAAAGUCAUGAAGGUGCCAUAUUAACAUUUGAAAGUGUUGUCAAUGAAAAAAAUGUUGUAAAAUGCAGUCCGAAAAUCAAGGUAGAAGCGGAAACUGUAACUAAUGACAACAUAAUAUGUCAAGUUUGCCAUCUAGUCUUUAAGUCUGAGAAAACUCUUUUCAUGCAUCAGAAAAGGAAGCACAAAGUAUUUCGGAGGUUCUGCAAACAUGUAUGUGACUACUGCAGUAUGUCUUAUGAUUCAAAGAAUAGUUUAGUUGCACAUAUUAAAAGAAAACACGGACCUGAGUCUGUAGAAGAAGACAAUGAGGACCACACUUGUGAGGUAUGCUCGUUGGUUUUCAAAGGAAUGUCAAGGUUGCGGAUGCAUAUGACAAGAAAACAUGGAAAAUAUGAGGAUUCAUUUAAACAUGUUUGCUCAGAAUGUGGUCUGGCUUAUGAGAAACACAGAAGCUUAAUGGUGCAUAUACAAAGAAAACAUUCUGGGGUACAACCAACCUCGAAUCAAUGGUUCAACUGCCCGUUUUGCACAAAAAUAUUUAGCAAACGGGAAACCUAUGCCCGUCAUAUACAAAGGAAGCACAAAGUGAGUGAUGAACCGAAUGUGAAAUCUGAGAAUGCUGAUGACGAAAAUUUAGCAAGUUUCCGAAAUGAGGUGACCGGUGAGAUUACAUGUAAAGAGUGUCCAUUGAUGUUCACAUCCAUUAAUUAUUUAAAGCUACAUAUGAGGAGGAAACACAAUGCCUUGCAGGAGUCAUUCCAAUUGAAAUGCCGAAUAUGCAACUUGUCCUAUGACAAAUUAGAGAGUUUAAAACGUCAUGUCAGAAGAAAACAUGACAUAAGAACAUACUGUAGGAUAUGCAAGAAAAAAUUCAAUAGUAAAGAAGCAUACCUGAAUCAUUCACAUGUGAAAUUCAUAAAGGAAUGUUCGAUAUGUGGACUUAUAUUUGCCACAGAAGUUGGCCUCGCGAAACAUCUAAGGCGUUUACACAAAAUUGACACCCCAAAAACUGUCUUUUGUAAUAUAUGCAAUCAAGGAUUCCACGAGAAGAGGCAGCUAAAGCCUCAUUUGAUGAAAGUUCAUAUGAACAUAAGGUACACUUGUAAAUAUUGUAAUAAAACUUUGAAGACUAAAGAGAGUUAUAGACGUCAUUUAAUUUUAAAACAUCCAACGCAAAAGCUUGUGAAUGUUAAUCUGCAAAAUUGUAGUCAAUGUUCAGAAUCCUUCAAAGAUGAGUUUGAAUUGUGCAAACACAUAAACACAGUGCAUUUAUCUAAUUAUAAAAACAUUGAGAAUUUUAUAGAAAUAAAAUGUGAAGAUAUAAAAGAGGAAAUCAAAGAUCCCUAUCAGUGUACGAAAUGUUCAGAAACAUAUGUAACUUGGAAUCAAUUGAAAUUGCAUUUCGAACAAAACCAUCAUAUAGCUGAAGAGACACAGUGUCAAGUGUGCGGAGAAAUUGUGUCAACUAAGGAAUUAAACAAGCACAUGAAAGCCAAACACACUGAAUUAUCAGAAAUGAAAUGUAAUUAUUGCGAAUACCGGACCACUUCCAAAGUGAGUUUAACUCAGCACACUCUAAGACACAAAAAUGCUACAACAAUACAUUGCGAAUUUAACGGCUGUAGAUAUAAAACGUAUUACCCGGGCGCUAUGGAGAAGCACAAAAGGAAACAUGCAGAUUUGGGAGUCAAAUUUCAAUGUAGUCAAUGCCCAUUUCAGAGCAUGAAUAAGUAUAUUCUGAAAUAUCACGAAGAGGCACAUGCAACCGGCAAGAAACGCUACAUGUGUGACCAGUGCGACUACGCCACGAUCUUACCGGCUAACUUAGUCCAACAUAAAUACAAGCAUUCGACAGAAAAACGUUUUAAAUGUGAAGUUUGUUCAUUUGCAACGAAAUAUAAUACUUCGUUGCGGUUUCAUGUUAGGAAAAAGCACUGUGAUCUACCACUUUAAGUUACGACUUUCUUUUUUAAAAGGUUUAAUAAAGGAAUUUGGUGUUAUGGUUA